AUCUUGUGGCUUGCGAGAGCUAAGAUGGAUUGACUUGUCCGGUUGCCAUAAAUUGGUAGCAAAUAUAGGGAGUCAAGUGCCAAAUCCUUCAUUUGUUGAGGAACAUAUUCAGGACCAUUCAUGUGGUAUUAUAUUUCUAGGGAAUAAGAUUCCAGAUUGGUUUAGCCAUACUAAGGAGACUUCAAAUGGUCAUUCCUGUGAAUUGGAUAUUACUGGGUCCUUCUAUUUGGAGAAAAUCAUAGGAAUUGUUUUCAGUGCUGUUCUUGGAAAAGACUUGAAUAACCCCUUUGGGCCCUCCUCCAGUAUUUGUGUUUCUAUAAACGGUAAGAUGCUUGUAGAAGCGAGGUUUUACUUAUAUGGAGGCUCGGAUCAUGUAUAUCUAAAUUACUCGUUUCCAGAAUGUAUCGAGCAAUUGUUGCUAUACCCAACAGGAGACAAUAUGAGGUUUAGAUUUUAUUGUGAUUCUGAUAAAGUGAUGUUUAAAAGUUGCGGAGUUCACAUAAUCUAUAAGCAUGAAGAGAAUAAGAAUUUAACAGUUGGGGAGUGCUCAGUAGAUUCAUCGAAUGGUAUCCAACUUUCUAAGAGACGUAGAGAUGAUGGCAACAGCAACGUGGAAUUGAACGGGUACCCGCAACACAAGAGGCACUCUCAAAACUUGGGCAAUUCAAAUGGAACACAGUUAGGCUUGCCACAGUCGUAUUCUUGCCAGCCAUCUCACGCACAAAUCACACCAUCUUCUUCCUUCGAUUGGAGUGAGUUCCUCAUGAGCGAACCUCUUCCCUGGCCGGGCUUUCAGUAACAACAAGAUCUCUACUUCAAG